AUGACAGCCGAAGGGAAGAAAUGUAAAUUGAAAAAGUUACAUUGUCGUAUUAUUCAAACAGCACUCUUUGUUACUGGUAUUAUACUGAUACUGUUUGGUAUUUCGAUGGCAUUUCUGACACCAAAACUUAUCAAUACCAAAAUUUAUCAGGUUUUAAAUGGAAAUAAGCCAGAGGUUAUUAAAAUAGGCCCAUAUGCUUACGAAGUAAGUUUGGAGAAAAACAUUAUUGAUUUUGGUAAUGAUUCUAUCAAAUAUCAAAAUGUUCAUAACUUUACUUUCGAUGUGAACGCUUCGUGUGCCGAAUGUUCGCUAGCUCGUGAAAUUUGGAUUCCAAAUAUUGUCUUUCAGAAAUUUGUCGAAAUAGCCUCAAAUCCAAUUACAUCUGUAGCACAAAUUGCUCUCACUUCACAACAACCAUUUCUAAAAGUUUCUGUGAACGAUAUUUUGUUUAAUGGAUACAGAGAUCCAUAUCUUGCAAAUAUAUGUGCAAUACCAGUUAUGGAUCUAAUUUGCAAAUCAGUAUUGAAAGUGCCGAAUAGAAUUGGUUUCCUGAUGAAUAGAAAUGGAGCACAGAAAGUUAUUGAAAUAUCCACCGGUAGCAAUGAUGGUAGCAUAGCAGCUGGUGAAAUAUUAAACUGGGAUGGAUUAAAAUUACUACCUGAGAACUGGUGGAACAGUAAACAAGCUAGGAAAAUUAAUGGCACAGAUGGUGGGCUUUACAAACCAUUUAUCAAAAAAACUGAUAUAAUUUAUGUGUUUGCUCCGGAUCUUUGCAGGUACUUAUUGCUGUUACCCUUAAUGAAGGAAGAUUUGCUGGAUCCGGCAGUACCCGGUAAUGAAGGAUUCUGUCACAACGAUGGAAAGGCAUUCUUUUCAGAAGACGAAAAAUGCCUUCCCAAAGGACUUCUCGAUCUCAGUCAUUGCUACAAUGGUACACCGCCCAUUCUAUUUUCAUUUCCUAAUUUUCUCUAUGCUGAUAAAAGAGUAAAGGAAUCAGUUAUUGGUCUCAAUGAAAGUACGGUGCAACACGAUGGUAUCAUUAUUGAAAUUGAACCGCAAACUGGAACACUUCUUCGAAUUUAUAUACGAUCUCAAAUCAAUAUUGCUAUGUGGAAAGGUCGUGAAAUCAUUUACAGUGCGGAUCUAUCAAGGAUGAAAAAUACGAUAGUACCAUUAUUCGCAGAAUAUCAAAUAGUGAAAAUUGGUGAUAAUUCAUUAGCGCUUCUCCGUAAAAUGCUUCUGCUGAUAAAAGGGACAUUUGCAUUUCUCUGUUUCAUUCCCAUCUUUGUUGGUAUUCUGUUUGUUAUCGUUGCUAUCUUCAUCGAAUUACUUCUAAAGACAAAACUAAUGGAAGAGAAGUCGAAUAAAGUAAUAGCGCAAGUGCAACCAUUUCCCAACAAUCAGAAGAAUGUAUCGUUCAGGUGA